AUGAAUUCACAUCACUUUGAAUCCUUCAGUGUUCAUUUCACUGGAAAAAAUUAUUCUUCUUGGGAGUUUCAAUUUCAGUUGUUUGUCACCGGCAAAGAACUAUGGGGCCAUAUAGAUGGAAGCGAUCCUGCUCCUACUGAUGCAACAAAACUAGGUGAAUGGAAGAUUAGAGAUGCUCGGGUGAUGACAUGGAUUCUAGGGUCAAUUGACCCUCUUAUUGUUCUUAAUCUCUGGCCGUACAAGACAGCUAAGGCCAUGUGGGAUUACUUACAAAAGGUUUACAACCAAGAUAAUAGCACAAGACGCUUUCAGUUGGAGUAUGAAAUUGCUAAUUACUCUCAAGGAGGCCUUUCUAUUCAAGAUUAUUUUUCUGGAUUUCAAAACUUAUGGGCUGAAUUUACAGAUAUUGUCUAUGCCAAAAUACCUACUGAAUCCCUAUCAGUGAUUCAGGCAGUUCAUGAGCAAAGCAAGCGAGACCAAUUUUUGAUGAAAUUACGCUCCGACUUUGAGAGUGUUGCUCUAACUUGA